AUGACUUCUCCUGAAGCCAUCAUUCGGGCGGUAGGGGAACUGCUAGAGAAAACCUCCAAGCCUGUGAGUGAUGGCCAGGCUUAUAGGCGUUUGAGAAUUUUUUCUGGAGUAGUUCCUACGCCUGUCGGCGAAGAAAGUAGUGAGAACUGGCUGGAACAAGCAAGGCUAAUGGUCACAGAGUGUGAUUGUUCAGCUAAGGAGAAACGUAAGCGAAUAGUCGAAAGCCUUAAGGGGCCAGCUUUAGAAGUAGUAAAGGCAGUGAGGGGCGACAACCCUGAAGCCACUGCACUAGAGUAUCUUGAGGCUUUGGAGAAUGCUUUUAGUACUUCAGAGUCUGGGGAAGACUUAUAUUUUGCUUUUCGAUUGCUACGGCAAGAGCCGGGGGAGGCUCUUUCUGAUUUCCUGCGUAGACUCGAGCGGUCACUUACCUUAGUAGUGAAACGAGGAGGGUCGACGCCACAGCGAGUUGAUAGAGCUCGGAUUGAGCAACUGCUAAGGGGUGCGGUGGAGUCAGACAUGAUGAUGUUAAAGUUGCGGCUGCGUGAGAGAAGAGAAAGUCCUCCUACCUUUUUGAAACUCCUCAAUGAAAUAAGGGAGGAGGAGGAAACUGAGGCAGCUAGACGUAAACUCACCACUAAUGUAAGGGAAACACAAUCGAAAGACCGUACAAGAGGCCCUCUAGCUAGCCGGGAUGGCUCAAAGGUUGAGGUAAAGGAGUUGCGACUUCAGUUAGGGGACCACAAGCAGUCUCGACUCCCUGAAGGAGUAGUUGAGAAAGAAAAAAACCCUUUACCGCCUUUAACUUCAGAGGUGCAAGCACUGAAAGCCCAGGUGCAACAACUACAAAAGCAGUUGUCUGUGUUGAGUUUAGGGUCCCAUGUUGCUAGUGGGCAAGAGCCUCCGCGAGCGAACCGGAACCCCGUUGCCUCAGGUAGAUCCCCAAAUAAAAGUAGUGAAGGAUUUUUCUGCUAUCGCUGUGGGGAGGAUGGACACAUUGCCCCAAAAUGUAGAGCCCCUGAAAAUUCCGCUCUUGUGAUUCAGAAAUUACUUCAGUUGAUCCGUAAACCUAAAGAUUUAAACCCAGUAUCGAACCCCAAAAAUCCCGACAUAGAGAAGAGUGAAUGUUUCUCUAAAAGGAGCCACGUGGAAUCCUCAGAACCUAGUCAUUUACCCAAAGGCUUGGUAGGGCCCUCUAUAUAA